AUGCGUUCUUUCAUCACCCUCUCUGUCCUCGCUCUUGCAGCCUCUGCUGUUGCCAAGAGAGGAUGCCGCCACGACCCAAACCACGCCGGUAGUGGAUGGUACCAGGUCGUCUCAGGAGACACGUUGAAUGACAUCGCCGCGGACUUUGGCAGCGACGCCGACACUCUGGCUGCAGCCAGCGGCAUCGCCAAUAAGGACGUCAUUUUCCCUGGGGAUAUUAUCACUGUUCCGUGCCCAUAA